UUCGCAGUCGCAGACAAAUUAGACUUUUGGAUUAAACCUUCUACGAUACGAACUCCUCGUCGUCGUAGAAAAAAAAAACGUGCAUCAACAACAGCAGUACGAAUCGCCGAUACCACAUUGUCGUUGAAAUGUCGCAUGUAACCAAAACCACGUGCAACUUACGAUCACUUGUAAGUAUGUAACACUAUUAUAGACCAUACAUCGCGUACAGGUUUUCAUAACUCAAAACGGUUCCGGACGAGUCCUUGAAGUACGAAAUAAUUUUUUUCCCCUUUCUCUCCACUCCCGGUACCACGUGUGUCCGGACGUGUACACUCGUGUGCACGUGCGUAUAAAUAAAUAUACGUUUUCGCUACUGUCCCGUGCGGACCGCGGUGGCAGGGUCGGCCUGGAACGGGGGUACACGCGGUCGCGCGGUUCGAGUCGGAGCACUAGGCGCGCGCAACGCGGACCGGCUGCACCGCGGUCAAGAGGAUCCGUCGCGCGCGUGUGGGUCGUGCCGGCGCGAGUCGGGUUUCGUCAGGUUUCGUGACGUUCGCGAAAAAAAAAAAAAAAAAAGAAACAUCACAAACCACGUGGGUUCUCUCGGCUCGCCGGUGACGAUUUUGCGCGGAAUUUCUUGGCAGCCCGUUUCUGUUUAAAUACGUCAAUUCCGUCAGUCGAACGUUCACACAGCGCCGGUGCACCGGCACGCUAUAGGUGUACGCGCGUGCACGGGAAGUUCGCGUUUUCCGCGGCACACCAUGUCUUUCCUCGACAUCGUUUCCAAGUUCAACCAGCAGGCCACCAGCCAUUCGCAGUCGCAGUCGCUGAACCCGUUUUCCGAACGGUUCGAACAGUCGCGGUCGCCGUCGCCUAGGUUUUCCCGCGAGGAGUACGGAAAGCCUAUCGCGGGUUCUAAAACCGAUCUGAGAGGACGGAAAGCAAAAACGCACAUCUGCCGGGAGAUCCUGGAACUGUGCACGGUCAUACACGACGUCGGCACGUAUAAAGCGAAAAAGAGAGACCCCGACGAUUCCGACGACGAGCAGGACGACGGCACGAUCAUCGUCAGUUUCGGCGAGCUUUUCCAAAUUUACACGAAAAUAUCGGACAAAGUGGUGGGUUUGUUGAUAGCUGCUAAACGACGUGGUUUUGUGUACUUUGAUCGGGAAAUACUUUUUCAGAGAAGAGAUGACGACGUACUGAUCGCUCUGAUGAAACCCAUUGAAGAAAUCAGUAAAAUAUUAAAAGAUGAUAUAAACCAAACUAAUCAGACAACUGCAAAAGUCGAACCAAAACCAGUGAUUGGAAAGACUAAAUCCAAUAAAACGAAAUGCACUAAAUCCGCAAACAGUAUAAAUCCAAAUGAUACCAUGACCGAUUGUACAGUGCCCAUUGACCAAGCAGAUGUAGUUUUGCCGACGACAUUGGACGUAAACGACGAAGAAGUGGUGGAGAAAACCGGAAACGAAGGACUGGACGACAGUGAUCAGAGUACGAGUUGUUGUAACGCAGAAGUCAAUGGAUUGCCGGAAGAUAACGAACAGAGCUGCACGAGUCCAUUUGUUGAGGAAGUAAACGGCGAUGAACUGUUAGUGACAGAUAAAGAAUUAAAUGUCGACGUCGACGCAGAAGUGUCUAAAGACGAAAUCGUUGAAGUGUCCAAGAGUAUAAAGGACAAAACCGAAACGAAAGUAUUGAACGAGUCAAACGGUAACAUUACGGAGAGCGAAAGUGGAAUCAAUGAAUCGAUUGAAGUGGACGACGUAAUCGUUCGAGAGGAAAUCGAAAACAAAAAACGAACCGAAGUAGACGUAAGCCCUUCGAUAAGCGAUAGAAUAGAGAUACCGGAAGAAAGCGAAGAAAUGAGGAAUAAUAGUGAUGGUGAAAAUAUCGGCGAGGUAACGGAACACGAUGUUGCACUAUUACCUCUGAACGAAAACUAAUGGUAUUCAUUCGGGAAUUGACAAUUUUCUCAACAAACUAUUCCAUAAAUAAGUUAGAGUUAAAAUAAAAUAAAACAAAUUCAAUAUACUAGAAACGUGAAAACUGUGGCCACUGGAACAGCGAUUAGAUCAUACGAUAAGAUAAUUUCAUUUUAUUUUAUUUUUUUAAAACGUGUUUGAAUUUAAAUUUCAAUCAAAUCGGGUAACUGUUAACAUACUAGAGACAUUGACCUAUAUUUUGGAGAGUUGUACAACCGGGAUUAGUAUAAAAUAAUUUAUUGAUUCUAAUUUAAUAAUUAUUUUUAAAUUAUAUGUUUGACAUAU